AUGCAUUCAAUUCGCCCUAGAUGGGCUGCAGGCUUUGGCCUACGGACUAGUGCAGGAUUACGACUUGCUAGCCAGCCUCGCGUUCAGAUUUCCCUCGCAUCACAACUAACCACACAGACAGCCCGGAAGAGUAGCUCUGCAGCAGUUCCAAGAAAGGCCCUGCAAGAGCGGAUACAGCAGAUCAAAGAUGCCUGUGCAGACCCAUACCCUCGCCUCGCGGUGGACAAGCGCACAGUAAGCUGCGCCGAGUUUCGUUCUCGCUAUGCCGAGCUGGCCGACAAUGAUUCAGUAGAAGACACGGUCAUCGUCUCUGGAAGAAUCCGUACCUAUAGACUCGCGGGAAGCAAAUUGAUCUUCUUCGAUAUCGUGCAAGACGGCCAUAAACUCCAGGUGAUGUGCAACAAGCGUCGUCUGGAGAGUGUUUCCCCCGAGGAUUUCAAGAAGUUCUACCGGCUUCUGCGUCGUGGUGACGCUUUCUCUGUAACCGGUAGACCGCACCGCACGGGUCGAGGCGAGCUCACUAUCGACGCGAGUGAGUUACCGCAGCUACUCUCGCCGUGUCUGCACGAUAUCCCCGUCCACGAUGCUGAACACGAGACCUCCCCGUACCCUCGCCAUGUCCAGUUCCUGGCUGAUCCUGCCACGGCGGAUAUCAUUCGAAUUCGCGCGGCUCUCAUACAGUAUCUGCGUCAGUUCUUUGUCGACCGCUCCUUUAUGGAGGUUAGCACCCCGAUCAUCGGGUCUGUGGCUGGCGGCGCGAUUGCUCGUCCAUUCUACACCUACGCCACUGAGUUCUCGGACCGUCAGCUGUCGCUGAGAAUUGCACCAGAGCUAUGGCUCAAGCGGCUGGUGGUCGGUGGAUUCGACAAGGUCUUUGAGAUCGGACCGUCGUUCCGGAAUGAGGGACUGGACAAGACGCACAACCCAGAAUUCACCACCUGCGAAUUUUACCACGCAUACGCCAACCUCGAGAACCUAAUGACCAUGACCGAGGACCUUCUCUCCGGCAUGGCAGCCCACAUCCGCGCCUCAAAUACAACCGCCACUCUCAACCCCACCAGCGCCAACUUCGCUGCGCCAUUCCGUCGCAUCGACUUCAUCACCGGCAUCGAAGAAGCCACAGGCCACAAACUGCCCGACCUGGAAUCCCCCGACGCCUUGGACAAAGUCACAACCCUCUUCAGCGAACUCUCUCACCCAUUACCUUCCAAUCCGACCCUCCCUCGUCUCCUUGACGAGCUAUGCAGCAUCUACGUCGAACCCCAAUGCAUCGACCCAACCUUCAUCAUCAACCCACCCGAAUGCCUCUCCCCACUUUCCAAAUCCUUCAUCCACCCAACAACCAAGCAGCGCGUUGCCGCGCGCGGUGAACUCUUCAUCGAAGGCAAGGAAGUGGUGAAUACAUACGAGGAGGAGAAUUCGCCAUUCGAGCAGCGUCGCAAAUUCGAAGACCAGCUGCGGUUCGGCAAAGAUGCCGGUGAGCCUGGUGGGAUUGAUGAGAGUUACCUCGAAGCCUUGGAGUGGGGCCUACCUUCAACGGGUGGUUGGGGAUGUGGUGUUGACCGUCUCGUUAUGUUGUUUACGGGGGCUAAGCGAAUUAAUGAUGUGUUGCCUUUUGGCAACCUCAGGGCUGUAACCAGACGGGGCAGUUGA